AUGAUUGGUGCAGUUGUUCUGGCGCUAUUGGUGCCAUUUCUGUUUGUUUAUUGUUACAAAAAUGCUUACAAAAGACCUGUAAACUUUCCACCGGGCCCACCAAGUCUGCCAGUAUACGGAGCUUUUUGGAUUGUCCUGGCUAAUGGGUUCGGAGACCUUUCAUUGGCUUUCCGCAAGCUCGGACAGAAGUAUAAUACAAAGCUUAUAGGAUUAAACAUGGGGCCAGUACCGACAGUCGUCGUAAACGAUCCUCAUCUAAUAAAAGAAGUGCUUAAUCGAGAGGAAUUCGAUGGUCGCUUGGACAUAAUACUCACCAGGUUGAGAUCGUUUUGGAAGAAACUGGGCAUCUUUUUUACUGAUGGAUAUUUCUGGCAUAUACAAAGAAGAUUUACCUUACGGUAUUUAAGAGACUAUGGCUUUGGAAGACGUGACGAUACUCUAGAGUCAGUUGUAGCUGAUGAGAUCAAAGUAAUGUUGGAAAUGGGUUAUGAUGGACCUAAAUAUCCAUCGGAAAAGGAAGUGGUAAACGGAGACUUAAUAUAUCUGCCUUUUUUCUUUACUGUACCUUUCGUGAACGGCAUAGUUCAUAUACUAUCACGAAAAACUGUACCCAGAGAACAAUACAAGAAACUAUGGUCUCUCGCUCGCGGAACGCUAUUAUUCCAAAGGAACUCCAAUGAUAUGGGUGGAGCACUCUCCUUGACACCUUGGCUCAAAAAUAUAAUGCCAAACUACAGUGGAUACAAUGCUUUGGUCAAAGGAAAUCAAUCUAUACAGGAUUUCUUUCAGAAACUUGUCAAGGACGCCCAGGAAACGCAUGACAUUACUUACGACCGUCAUUUCUUAGAUGUAUAUUUGACUGAAAUGAAAAAAGAAAUAACUAAAGAAAAGCGGAGUACAUUUUCAGUGGAUCAGCUAGUCCUGACGUGCGUUGACUACUCGUUUCCCGCAGCGUCAGCAGUCCAGUUCACGCUGACAUUCCUAGUGGAAAGGCUACUGUUGCAGCCUGAAAUUCAAGACAAGAUCCAUGAAGAAAUUGACAGAGUAGUGGGACGAGACCGGCUACCUAACUUGGAUGAUAGACGAAACAUGCCGUAUGUGGAGGCAUGCAUCAGAGAGAUUUUGAGAUAUGACACAACCGUGCCAUUGAGCAUACCACACCGUGCAAUGAUCAACACAAAACUGGCCGGCUAUGAUAUACCCGAGAAUACUAUGGUGAGCCCGCAUCUGGCAAUGCUGCACAUGGACGAAGAAAUAUGGGGCGACCCACAGAAUUUCCGACCGGAACGAUUCAUCAAGGACGGACAAUUAGACCUCGCUAGCGAUAAGUCUCUACCAUUUGGAGCUGGGAGGAGACUAUGUGCCGGUGAAACUUACGCUCGCCAGACAAUGUUCCAAGUAUUCGCCGCGUUUAUGCAAGCGUUCACUGUAUCUACAGCAGACGGGAAGCCAUUACUUAGGCCUGCGAAACGAAUCCAAGGCAUUAUAACCACGAUACCCGAGUUCUGGGUUAGAAUCACGCCAAGAACUUGA